ACUUGCCAGAGAUGCAUAGUCAAAGUGACGGUGGAAAGGAUUUCGGCACUGUGUGCUUCUUACCUUUUAGUGUGUCAAUACUCUGCAUGGUUGACUUUGAUGAUGGAGGGCAUGGGAAGGUUUUGCUCCUUGUCUGCUAAUGUUUGACUAAAGGAUGUGUUGAAUGCAUUAGAAGUCACCGAGCUGGGAGAAGCACACUGGAUAAUUUAUUUUCUUAUGACCAUCAACACUCGUUGACUCGGGCAAAAUGAAGAGAUUUCUGCAAAAUAAGAAAGGGAGGCACUCCUUACGCCAAAACCAAAAGUCUGGACAACGCUAUCCACCUAAAGAUUUCUUUCUGACCAUGCCAGCAUCUAAUCAAGGCUGGCCAGAGGAUUUCGGCUUUCAGCUUGGGGGCACUGGGCCCAGCUAUAUUCUUACCGUGGAGGAGGGUAGCAGUGCUCACUUAUCUGGCCUGCAGCCUGGAGACCAGGUGUUGGAGAUUGAAGGGCAGGAUGUGUCCAAUCUGGGAGCUCAGGCUGUCAUUGCCUUGGCACAGGCACAAAAGAACAUCCCACCCAGCAUUGGUGUGGUCUCCAGAAUACAGCAGAUGGAUAUUACCCCAGGCCCUGAUAGCCGUUUUGGCUUUACAAUUGUGGGAGACUGCCCCCUGCUUGUGGAGGACUGCUCUCCCUGCUCCCCUGCUGGGCGCAGCGGUCUGCGGGCUGGUGAUUAUGUCAUGGAAGUGAAUGGAAUCCCUGUGAAGCAUCACGAGAUGGCUGCGGCCUUAAUAAAGGCAUCACAGGGUCGCACGCUGCGCCUUGGAGUGCUCUGCAUGGGCCGGCAGAAGCGUAGCAGCAGCAUAGACGAGUGGCAGAAAGGCAACGAAGGCACGCGGCUGGACCGCAAACAUAAAGCCUUAGAGUUCAAUAAAAGGAUUGAUGAGGUGUUGGGGAAUGAGCCUGAGGUGAAAGAGAAGCUGUUUGCUGUGCUAAAGCAGUUUGCUGCUGAGAGGAAAGUGGACUGGCUGGCUUCUGUUCUUCCUGAUAUCCUGACCACUGAGGAGCAGCAACAACUAAUUUCUAAUGUCAGAAUCUUCAUCCCCAAGAAGCACCGGCAGCGGUUUGAUGAAGCCGUCUCCCAAAGUCUUCUCAAUCGUGUGUGCCGCAGUAAGAGUGUGAGCGAGCCAGGCCAGAACCGACUGCGCCGCAGCCGCAGCCAGGAGCACCACGAGCGGCCGCAUGGCUCCAAAAGGGCCAGCUCAGUUCCCAGAGAUACCGGAGAGAACCAUGAACGUGGGCACAAGAAGAGCACAGCAGGCAUCUCCAGUAUGCCCCCCACUGGAGGAAAUCAGAGGACCAUCCGUGUGUACAGAGGAAAGAAGAGUUUUGGGUUCACACUCAGAGGCCAUGCUCCUGUAUGGAUUGACUCGGUCAUUCCAGAUAGCCCUGCUGAGGAAUGUGGCCUUAAACCAGGAGAUCGCAUCCUGUUUCUCAAUGGCCUGGAUAUGAGAAAUUGCUCCCAUGAGAAGGUGGUGUCAAUGCUGCAGGGCAGUGGCGCCAAUCCCACUCUAGUGGUGGAGGAAGGGCCGGUGCUGUAUUCUCCAUCAGACUCUGAAACCGAAGAGACUCCCUCAGUUCCUUGCACUCACUCACCUGCCCUCAGCUCCCUGCAGUGGGUAGCAGAGAUCCUUCCUCCUAGCAUUCGUGUGCACGGUCGCACCUUCAGUCAGCAGCUCGAACACCUCCUCACCACGCAAGAAAGAUACACCAUCUGCAAGGCUCUCGAGACCUUCUUUCAGCACAGGAAUGUGGACACGCUCAUUGUGGAUGUUUUUCCUGUGCUGGACACUCCUGCAAAGCAGCUGAUCUGGCAGUUUAUCUAUCAGCUUUUGACCUGUGAGGAGCAGGAGCGCUGUAAGAGCAAGAUCUCCCGCUUCCUGGGCUUCAAAGGAACAGAGCCUGAAGCGGGCACAGAAAAUCACAGACGGAGCAGUUCCAUGAGGGUGACUGGAACAUCCCACAGAAACAGUGUCAGAGAAAGAAGCUCAGAUGAUUGCAUCAUUGGCACUCAUCUAGGAAUGGGGACAUUCACUGAGCCUGCAACCCCUGGAGAAAGACAAUGUGGCGAUGGGACCUCCUUUCCAGAGUCCCCAGAUUUGAACCACAUGUCAGGAGUGUACACAGAGCUGGAGAGUGCAUACACGCCGAAGAACAACAAGCCUCUGCAGAGUAACCCAUCACCUGGGAAUGAGGGCAUGAGCCAUGCUGACAGCCAUGCACUCACUCACUCCUUCACACAUGCUAAAAAAGGGAAUCGUAAGUCAGGCCUGUCUCUGACUUGGAAGGAGCCCUGUACCAGCCCUCAGUAUGACCACUACCAGCAAAACAUCCCUUCUCCUGGAAGCAUGGACUCUAAUCCCUAUGUCAGCCUUGAUAGCUCCCCUACCUCCCCUCAACACUCAGAUGAGGCCCCAAGCCCUCAGCCACGUCGGAGAAAGCUUUUCACUUUCUCCAGACCCCCACGCAGCCGAGACACAGACAAAUUCCUGGAUGCCCUGAGUGAACAGCUCGGCCACCGUGUCACCAUUGUGGAUAACUUUCUGAGUGACGAGAAUGACUAUGAAGAGAUGAGUUUCCAGGAAGAGCAGGACAACAUACUGUCUCGUCAAGCAAGCAGUGCAAGCAGUGAGGACCACAGCAGUGAGGAUUCAAGCUCGUUAACCUACUCGUCUGAAUCAGAGCAAAUCCCACCCCCUCCACGGAGCCCACCACCGCCACCCCCACCCAUUCAAUUCACUGACACAGCCUCCUCCAUCUGCCUUACCCCACAACACAUGCCUCAACCUCCUCCAGCCUUCCAGAACCAUCCCAUCAUACCCCCUCCACCACCCCCUCCUCGGUUCAUCCUUUCCAAUCGUCCAUCUCUUCACCAAGUGCUGCCAACAAGCCAGGAGACAAGGUUCCAUCACACACAAACCCGAAAGCCUGUAUCUCAGGCUUCUGUUCCUGCCAGGCAACAACUUCACCAACCCAAAGCCCACCCCAUCCUGCAUUCAUCCCGUCAUACAACCCCACAACCUCCUCACACAACCCAAAAGCCUUCUUACACAACCCCACAACCUCCUCACACAUCCCAAAAGCCUUCUUACACAAACCCACAACCUCCUCACACAUCCCAAAAGCCUUCUCACACAUCCCCACAGCCUCCACACACAUCAUCUCAGCCUGCUCACACAUCUGCACACCCCCCACUGAAGCAUCGCACCCAGUCCAUCUACCAGAGCCAACAGAGCUCAGCCAUGCAGCCCAAAGCAAAGAGAGAUUCACCACAGUCUACCCAUAAGACCUAUGAGAGUACCAUCUCAAAGGUAAUACCACCACCCCCACCUCCACUACCCCCACCCUGUGAACCCCCACCACUGCCGAAACCAAGCCCUCAGGCAUCAGAUUCUAACCACAUGAGUGUGAAGAGACUCCGCUGGGAGCAGGUGGAGAAUUCUGAGGGCACUAUCUGGGGACAGCUUGGAGAAGACCCUGACUAUGGUAAAUUGAGCGAUAUGGUGAAAUACCUCAAUCUGGAGCUGCACUUUGGCACACAAACAGGUUCCAUUUCUCUUCCAGAGCCCACCAUUCUACCUGAAAGCUUUAAAAAGAAAGACGUGGUCGAGAUUCUCUCUCAUAAAAAGGCCUAUAAUGCUUCUAUCCUCAUUGCCCAUCUGAAGCUGUCUCCAGCAGAGUUAAGACACAUCCUCAUGACUAUGAGCACUGAGCGUCUGGAGCCUUCUCACAUUAAGCAGCUGUUGCUGUAUGCCCCAGAUGAUGACGAGGUUAAACAGUUCCAGCAGUAUAACCAGGAUCCUGCCAAGCUCAGUGAACCAGACAAGUUUGUCCUUCAGAUGUUACUAGUACCCGAGUAUAAAACCAGAUUGCGGAGUCUCCUGUUUAAAACAACCCUGCAGGAGAAAACUGAAGAAAUGCGGGUUGGUUAUGAGUGCAUCUACAAAGCAUCCCUAGAGCUAAAAAACAGCAAGAAACUGGCAAAGAUCCUAGAGUUUGUCUUGGCAAUGGGGAACUAUCUUAAUAAUGGCCAACCCAGGACAAAUAAACCCACAGGAUUUAAAAUCAGUUUCCUUGCUGAGCUCAGCACAACAAAAACAGUUGAUGGAAAGUCAACCUUCCUCCAUAUUCUAGCCAAAUCACUAUGCCAACACUUUCCUGAACUACUCAACUUUGCAGGAGAACUUAUAACAGUGCCACUGGCUGCCAAAGUGAAUCAGAGGACCAUUACAGCUGACCUCAGUGAUCUCCACUCCACCAUCCAGGAAAUCAGGACUGCCUGUUUAAAGAUCCAAGCCACAGCAGAAGAUCGAUUUGCAGGAGUCAUGAGUAGCUUCCUGGAAAACUCUCAUCCAGCUGUGCAGACACUGGACUCUCACCAGCAGAAAGCAAUGGACGAGUUUGCCAAGGUAGCCUCUUACUUUGGAGAAGACAGCAAGGCCACGACCACAGAAGCAUUUUUUGGCAUCUUUUCAGAAUUCGUCACCAAGUUUGAGAAAGCACUAAGUGAGACACGUGCCACAGAAAACCCCAGGAGUCCUCGCAUUGCUUCACCUUUAGCCUGGUGAGAAUAUGCUUUGCAAAUCACUGGUCUCAUAUAAACGGUCAUCCAUGUGCCACGAAUUCCACGAAACAACAGGAGAAGCAAAGAAUUUAAUCCAAGUUAAAGUUUAUGACAUACGAGUAAAGAGUGUUGACUUCAUCAUAAAGAUAUAUAUUUUAUACAACUUUAAAAGGUAUUAAGGAUCCAGAGAUAGUUUAAUUAUUUUUAAAAAGUUUCCAGUCUUUUGACUGAGAAAGAGAAUGUAACAAGAAAUUGAGCACUUUACAAAUCUUUCAGUACCAGUUGUUGAUACUAUCGUCAACUGUUUCUUCAUUAUUCCUUUUACUGAUGAAUUCUGACCAAAAGCUUGCAGACAGACUAUAAUAAUGGAUGGUUGUUGAUCAUGUUUGGUAGCAGCACAUCAACAUUGUAAACAGAUAAUUAACCUUUGCUCAGCAUUAGUGCUGUACUGUCAUUUACUGAGGAGACUAUGCCACACUAAUAAUUGGUACUUAUUUUGUUCGUUCAGUCUGAACAGUGGCAAAGCUGUGCAUAUAAAUCUGUACAGUGUAACACUACUUAUUAUGAACUUGUCCUCGAUGAACUCUCUUGCAGUGACAAAUAAAAACUGAAUGAAAAAUGCAUAGGUCUGUUUUUAGUCUCAGUGAAAUGGCCCUCUGUUUACAUCUUGUUUGUUUUGUUUACAUCGUAAAUGAUUAUGCAGCUUGCCAGAUCUUUCCUUGAAAUAAUGUUUGAAAUGUUCCAACAAUCUGCCUGAUGUUUUGUGUUCUGAACAAUCUAUUAGUAACCUCCUUAUAAAACCCAAAUGCAUGGACAACAAAUUGCUUGUCUUUGUGCCAAAUACAAACAUCCAUUUUAAUCUUUUCUCGAUCCUUUUUCAAGCCAGUGACAGUAUUUUGGGGUUAAUCUACCAUUUGCAUGUAGCAUUGUGUUUAUUUAUUUAUUUUUUUGGCACAAAUUUUAUCCUAAUGUAGGCCUAACAAUUUUCCUUUUAAAUUGUAUUUCACGUUAGGACGUAGGUGUAUUAGUGUAUAGAUUGUUUGUGAAUAGGGCAGUAUUUUUGCUGUGCAGUUCUCUUUCAGCUUCAAUUUCUUUGAGCCACAUUGGGCUGCAUUUUAUUGUGCUGUCUAAUUUAUAUAUUGUGAAUAAACAAAAUGUCUGACAAGCG